AUGGCUUCCAACGGCCCUAUCACCACACCGAUAACCCAGCUACUGGGUAUCAGGCACCCGAUCCUCCUCGCUGGCAUGGCACGAACAUCGGGCGGACCUCUCGCGGCCGCGGUUUCCAACGCCGGUGGUCUCGGCGUCAUUGGCGGCUUCCAGUACACGCCCGACCAGCUGCGUGAGAUCAUCGCCGAGAUGAAGGAGAAUUUCAAGUCACCGGACCUGCCUUUCGGCGUCGACCUCGCCCUGCCGCAGGUUGGCGGCAACGCCCGCAAGACGAACCAUGACUACACGGGCGGCAAGCUCGACGAGCUUGUUGACAUCACCAUUGAGUCAGGCGCUCGGCUGUUUGUCAGUGCCGUCGGCGUGCCGCCCAGGCACGUUAUCGACAAGCUGCACGCCGCAGGCAUCUAUGUCAUGAACAUGGUUGGUCAUCCGAAGCACGCCGUCAAGGCUCUCGACCUCGGCGUCGACAUCGUCUGCGCCCAGGGCGGUGAGGGUGGCGGUCACACGGGCGAUGUGCCAAACUCGGUGCUCAUUCCUGCCGUCGUCGACGUCGCGAGGCGGUACCGGCCCAAGAUGCUCAAAGGAAGCCCCGCACUCGUCAUCGCUGCGGGCGGCAUAUACAACGGCCGAUCACUGGCGAGCUCGCUGAUGCAGGGCGCCGUGGGCGUGUGGGUCGGCACGCGCUUCGUAGCGUCUGUCGAGGCCGGGUGCAGUGAGGAGCAUAAGCAGGAGGUCGUCUCAUGCGGGUUCGAGGGCACGGAGCGUACGCUCGUCUUAUCUGGGCGGCCACUGCGAUUAAAGACGAACGACUACAUCCGGAAAUGGCACGCGCAGCCGGACAAGAUCAAGCAGCUCUGCGAUGAGGGCGUGGUCCCCAUCGAGUAUGACUUCGAGAAGGGCAAUGAUAUUGACCCCCCGCAUUUGAUGGGCCAGGUUGCCGGUGCGAUCGAUAAGAUCCAGCCUGCCGGAGAGAUUGUGGAUGAGAUGAUCCGAGAGGCGGUUGACCAGUUGAAGCUUGGGCAGGUGUACCUGGGUGCUCGGAGUAGGCUAUGA